AUGUACGCAGACGGCGGAAGUAGAGGUACAAAAAUUGCGAUGAGAGCUAUACUGAAAAAAUACAAUCACUUGAUAAAAUGGAGAAAUCAUCCUUCCAUCAUGGAAAUAGGAUAUGGCGAUGGAGGAUGCUCUCAGGCAUCAUUUUCUCCUUACUUACCAUCUGACUUGAAAGAGUUUAUAGCAGUGGAUAAAUCCGACAAGAUGGUUGAGUAUGCCAAAAAACACUCUAAUCUAAACUCUAUGGAAAUUGAACAACUGGACAUAGCAACAGAAGAAAUUCCAUCCGAGUAUUUGGAUAGGUUUGACCAUAUAUUUGCGUUUUUCGUUAUGCAUAUGGUUCAGGAUACAAG